AUGGGGGGAUUUGCCGGUGGCAUCAACUGGCUAAGCAUGGGUAACGGCGUGACUUAUGGCCACGCUGUUGUCUCGACAGAUACUGGGCACAACUCGACUAGCACAGAUGUCUCAUGGGCACUUGAUAAUGAGGAGAAGCGGAAAGACUUUGGCUUCCGAGCAAUUCACGGGUCGGUCGUAUUUGGCAAAGCUCUGACUGAAGCCUUCUACCGCCGAGACAUUGCGUAUUCGUAUUAUUCCGGAUCUUCGACUGGCGGCCGACAAGGUCUCAAAGAAGUGCAGCUUCAUGCCGAUUCAUUUGAUGGAGUUAUUAUUGGCGCCCCAGCGUGGUGGACUGCACACCAGCAGCCAUGGACAAGCAAAGUUGCAACUUACAACCUACCCGUAUCAGGUUCCAACCACAUUCCGAGUGAUCGAUUCUCCGUCAUCGCCACGGAAGUUAUCAAGCAAUGUGAUGCCAUCGAUGGAGUCGUCGACGGCAUUGUAUCAUCUCCGAAUGAGUGCGACUUUGAUAGCUUAGCAUUGGCUUGUGAUGACGAUGUCCAGAAUACCUCAGCGUGUCUCACGGCCCCUCAACUCAAGACUCUGCGAGAUAUAUACGCCAAUUAUACUGUUAAUAGAGAACUUAUUUUUCCUGGAAUGGAACUAGGCUCCGAGGCAACUUGGUCAAUGAUUCUCUCUGGCGAUGCACCAUCCGCCCUUGGGGAUGGCUAUAUCCAGAACUUCGUAUUGAACGAUCCCGACUGGACUUGGGAGCAGUACAACGACAGCAUAGUCUUGCUUGCUGAAGAGUUCGACCCGGGUGAAUGCACGGCCUGGGAUUAUAACGCUCUCGGCAGAUUUCGCGAGCGUGGUGGCAAGCUCUUCCUCUUCCACGGCCUUGCCGAUGGUGGCAUUGUGCCUCGCGCAUCUGGUGUCUUUUAUGAGCGCACAUUGGAUCUUUUUGGAGGCUUGAAUAUUGUCCGAGAUUGGUUUCGAUUAUUCUAUAUCCCGGGGAUGGAACAUGUGGGAGACACUCCCGUCGGAGCACCCUGGUUUAUCUCUGGUGGCUCCCAAGCAAGUCGUCUGGGAUCGAACGCAUGGGCGGGACGGGCUGGAUUAGACGACCCGCAGCAUGACGCGCUGCUAGCUUUAAUGGAUUGGGUUGAGAAGGGGAUGGUUAUCAAGCAGGUUAUUGCGACUACGUGGACCAACUCGACCGAUCCUGAUUCGGGAGUGCUUCGACAGAGGCCACUCUGUCCUUACCCAGAGAGACAAGUCUAUAUUGGUGGCAACGAGAAGGUUGCAGAGAGUUGGAAGUGUGUCUAG